CGCCCCGGAAACGUUUCUAUGGAGACGCGUUGGUGUCCCUAGUGCACUUGUUUUCUUUUUUAGGCCUGUAUACUACCUUCAGACUUUUUUUUAGUUUUGUUCUAAAUUCAAAUUGCCGUUGAUUUAGUACGAGAGUAUUUUAAGCUAUUUCGGGUUGUUAAAGGAAAACAUGACUGCUGCUGGAACUGGUCAGGGAUUUGGAGCAGUGAGCUGGUGGGGUUUCAGCCCUGCCCUUGAUUUUCAGCAGAAAUGUUUAACCGUGUCAAUGGAGCACCUGAACAUAUCAGAAAAUAACAUCCCAGACUUCAACAUCCUGAUGGUGGGAGAAGGAGGAGACAGCAGGCAUCUUCUGAAGACUAUUAGCCAAGCGAGACGUUGGCCAUGCAGGCGUAUCAGUUUUUAUGUUGUAGAAAAUAAUUUGGAGCUGAUUGGGCGUCACUUGUUGUUUCUUGCUCUCGCCCUUGAACCGCCAGAUAAAAUGGGUUUGCAAGAAAAGAGUGAGCUUUAUUUGGAGCUUCAUGGAAACAGUUUGAUCCGGAGUCAGACAGCUGCCUACUUACAGGAGAAAGCUCAGUUUCUCAUUAAAUGUAUCACAAAUCUUGACUACUUUCAAUGCAGGCUGCCGGCUGUUGAUGUUUCAGCUCUCAAGUUUAAAGAACGGGAUCAACUAGAAGCGAUUUUUAAGUUCUGGCGGAAUCCAGAUCUAAAGAUCUUCCAGAUGGACAAGAUGUGGGAUUUGCGAAACAGGCAGUACCUUACUGCAAGCAGUAGUUACAGGAGUCUCAAAGGUCAGCAAGGAAAUACUCAGAGCUGUAGCACCACAGGAGCAAAGGAAAUAGGUGACACUGAAGAUGAAUGCCAGCAACCAAAAACAGCAUGUGUGAAGACUGUAGAAGAGCUGUAUUGGCCAAACCAGGCUUUUGUGAUUGGCAGGAACGAGUAUUUCAAAUGGCGAGAAAAAGGUGUUGCAUUUGAAAUCCGCGAGGGAAUUUAUGACAUUCCUAACAAGUCCAUAGCAUCUGGAUUACUACUCAGACAUAAAGGAGAGAAAAUUCCUGCUCGAGGCUACUGGGGGGACAUUGUGACUGGACCCUACAUUGCAUUUGGGAUUGAAAGUGAAGAGAAGAGCCUGCUUGAGACACGUAACGGGAUUCAUGUGAAGUCAGCACAAGACAUUUCGCAAUACAAUAUUACAGCUCUCUUUCAUGAACUUGUUAAUGGGAGCUGCUAUACUCUACCAUCUUCUCCAGAACAUUCAUCCCAAGCUAACAUCUGUGAAGUCAUUGAAGAAGAGGAAGAGGGAAGCAGCCUGAAUAACAUGCGAGAGAACAAGGAAGAGACACAGACAGAAGAAAGCCAAUCACAGGCCAAAGGUGGUGGCAGCAACUCUGAAUACGAUUUUUUCCCCCUGGAUAAUGUGCGAGUCCAUUUCUUACCAGUAAACUGCAUACAAGACCUCCACAAAAAGAUGAAGUUUGAAAGGUUUUUCAAUGUUACUUACUUCUCGUGCAGCAUGGUACAGCACGUGACUCCAAAACUGAAGCUCAUCUCUGCCCCAAAAGCAACUCUGAUCGUAGAGCUUGCUAGGUAA